AUGUCCAACAGAGUCGUGACCGUAGGCGGUGGAGCUCUCCUCGCUGGAGCUGCAUACUACUUCUACCAGGCCGGUGGUGACCCAAAGGUUGCCCAGAAGAAGGUCGAGGCCGACGCCGCUCGAGUCAGCCAUGAGGUCCGCGAUCACAUCCCAGGCUCCGCAAAGGAGAUGAAGAAGGACGCCGAGUCUGCGGCCGCUCAGGCUCAAUCCAAGUUCAACCAACUCGGCCGCGAUGCAAAGGCCGAGGCAAACAAGAUGGACAACAAGAUUGGUCAGCUGAGCCAGGAUGCUUCCAAGCAGCUCGAUGCCGCUGGCAAGGAGAUCAACAAGAACAUUGACAAGUUCGACAACACUGUCGAGGCGGAGGCCUCCAAGGCCAAGAGCGGUCUCUCUGGCUGGUUCGGCGGCAAGUAA